CAUGAUGAUAUUGAUAUUAUGUCUCCUUUGUCCUUACCCCUCUAUCCAAAGAUAAAGGGCAUGUGUGUGUAUCAGUCCAAACAGUUAACACUUCACAAUAUCUUUGCUUUUGAGGCCAAUCACAUCUCUGUGUCAGUCUCAACCAUGCUCUUGUUUGUGCCUUAUUCCCUCUGAUUCUGGAAGAAGCUCCUGUUCUUUCUUAUCUUUCUCCACUGUUUUCUCCCUGAUCUUCCUCUACCUUAAUUUCAGUCUAUUUGUUUUUCUGACAGAUACUCUUUUACCCUCACCAACUCAUUCUUCUAUCUUCCUCUGCUAUGCUCAACCUUUAAAAGUCCUUUUUCCCUCUCUCUCUCUCUCCUAGUUUGAGUUUCAUUGUACUUUGACUUCACUGCAGAAGGAAGUACAUGAUACUCUUCCAAAAGGGUAAGCUGAUUAAAUUAGAAGAGAGCUUUCCCAGGACAUGGCUAUGUUUGAUCUCAAUGUGGACAUCAACCAUGGUGAUGCUGAUGCUGAUUCAAGCUGUGAUCAAAAGGGAUUGCAGCUGCAAAGUUUCCCACCUGAAAUCUCAGCUUCAAGAACCGCCAACUCCUCUGUGUGGAAUCCUGCAGAGGAUGAUUCCUCAAACAAUUCCUCUCCCUUGAUUUUUGACAUACUGAAGAAAGAGAGGGAUAAGUCAGAGUUUGAUGCUGCCACUGAAAGGGUCAAUAAGGAGGCAGAGAUAGUGACAAGGACCCUUUUCCCUGUGACUGCUGCUGCUGCUGCUGAUAAUGGAGCUAGAGUGCCUGAUUUCAAAUUGGGGCUGUGGGGGAAGACUCAAUGCUUGAACUUGUGCUUACCAGAGCCUGAUGGACAAAAUGGACUCAGAACCUUACAGCAGAAGCUACCUCAUGUGAGGAAAAAUAGGAGAGGACCAAGGUCUCGCAGCUCGCAGUACCGGGGUGUCACCUUCUACCGCAGGACUGGUAGAUGGGAGUCUCAUAUUUGGGAUUGUGGGAAGCAGGUCUAUUUGGGUGGAUUUGACACUGCUCAAGCUGCUGCAAGAGCAUAUGAUAGGGCUGCAAUAAAGUUUCGUGGAGUAGAGGCUGAUAUAAACUUUAGUUUAAGUGAUUAUGAGGAGGAUUUGAAGCAGAUGAGAGGUUUGAGUAAGGAAGAGUUUGUGCUCUUACUUCGUCGACAAAUCAAUGGAAGCUCGAGAAGUUCAACAUACAAAGGUGCAUUAGCCCUUCGCAAAGAUGCUCAAGGAGAACCACGAAGGGCACCAUUUAUUGGCAAGACAUUUUAUCCCAACUCAUCCAUCAAGUGUGAUGAUGGAAAAGUGGACGCAAGUUUUAAGCCCUGUUCCUAUAAGGGAGAAAUAAUUGCGAAUUCGAGCAUGGCAGGCACUAGCCAUAAUCUUGAUUUGAGCCUAGGAAUUUCUCCAUCUUCUAAAAGAUUGAAGAAUGACUAUAGUGGAGGGUAUUCCUUUGGAUGUAUGGCUUCAUUGGCUUGUAAGAUACCCAAGGAAAGAGGAACAAUGGAGAAGGCCAUGGUGGACAGAAUAAGAAAUGUUCCUUUGCAAAAAAUUUCCAACUUGGCUUGGCAACUUUGCAGCAAUGGUAGUAGCAUUGUCCCAAGGCCAUUGCAACCAAAUGCAGCAUCAUCAGGAUUCGUCUCUUCUUCUAGCUGUCUCAUCACCGACACUUCCAAUCAACACAAAUAUUAAUUAUGCCAACAAUUUGGCAUUAAUUGGCUCAACCACAGUACUACUCAUCAUUAAACCCCUAAAAGGUUGUACGGCCAGAGUAGUUGAAAGUUGAAACCACUAGAAACAAAGCAUCUUUAAUUACUCUGCUUUUUGGAUUAUUGGAUGAGCAACGUGCUUCAUAACCACAUAUAUCUAUACUAUAAUAUUCUAUUGAUACCAUCAAGCAUGAUUGUAUGUAAUAAUAUUGCCUAGCAUUUAAUACAAAGGCUAUCGGAUAACUUCUGUAUUCAUUAUUGUGAUGUAGAACACAAUAUUACCGAGACCUAUUAAAGAGA